GGUCGUACGGUCAAGAUACUUGACUAUGGCAUCGUUUCCAAGCUGUUUGAGGGAAGGAACAUUCUCCGGGCUGUUUAGCUGCUUCUUCUCUUCGAAUAGCGGCUCGUACUCUGGGCUUCCUGGACUUUGAGCAAUACGAUGGAAUCCGCAGCUUUCCUCUGACACGGGACUUUCUUCAAGUGCCCAACACCAAGCCGCUUUUGGUAAGUCGCCCGCGCUGUAACAACAUUCUCACACCUCACAUCCCUCUUGCCGUACCCUCCUGCCGUCCCUUUUCGGCCGUGAAGUGGUACAUGCCGUUUAUGCAACGGGUUGGCGGGGCGCCUAAAUACUCCGGAGCGUCCUCCUUCCCGGGAUGUGGUUGGGAUGAUUUCCGGUAUAUCGCCAAAAGCUGUAGAUUCCGUACCUACAUGCCACGGAACGUCCGUCAAAUGGAGCCGUACACGUGGGGAGGAUUAUUAUACGCCAACCGCGAAUGCCUCAUUUUACCUCGUGCACUUUUCAAAUGCCCUUUUAGAUAUCCUUGUUGCAUCACCAUUUGAAGCUCACCAAAGUGGAGCAAGCAAAGGGGCUCCCCACUCCGGAACUUCGAAACGAAUUCGAAGCCCCAUAAAAGAGCACGACAAUUGUCUGAUCCAGGGGUCCUCCAAUCAUAUUUUUGAGAUUAUUCGGUUCCACUUGUACCUUCUUAUAGCCCAAGAGCAAACCCUCAGACAUUUCUAUAUUGUCGAGAAUGGUCUAUAUCAACACCCCUAGGAAGAGGAAGGGCUGUCAUUCGCUCCUGGUAGAUCGUACGUCGAAAGUUUCCACAGAACCGGGAGGACCGAGAACUGACUCGGUGGUGGACAAGGAAGGGCACCGCAGCAUCGGCAAGGGCUCUACGGGACUGAAGUUCAGAUUGAAAGCGGGGCAAGCGUCAUGCAGUGUAAACAUCGGCAUCGUCUAAAAGAAGGUCGAACGUGUCGACAUUAUUAC